AUCGCUUGUCAUGUGCUGGGAAGUGGAGAAAGAAGCAGCCAGGUUUUGCACUAUGGCUCAGGUUGCAUGGGCUCAUGCACCGGAUUCUUGUUUCUGAGGCUGACCCACAAAUUUAGGAUCAAUUGGAGGGAUCUGGAGCAAGGCAAGGACAUCCUGGGAUAUGUGGUUUGGAGUAAGGCUUUGACUAAGGAUGUUUGCAGCACAUUGCAUGCGCCUGGUGCUUCGCCGCUGUUCCUCUGCUCCGCGUCCUAAGCCUGCUGUGGCUCCCAAGUUACUUCGUGUCCAGGAAGCUCUGGAAGUCCAGAACCCGACUGGGAAUGACAUUAAAGUCCAGGGCUGGGUCCGUUCUGUCCGGUCCCAGAAAGAAGUCCUGUUUCUUCACAUCAAUGAUGGCUCCUCUUUAGAAAGCCUCCAAGUGGUUGCAGAUCCAAGGCUGGAAUCCAGGGAACUGACUUUUGGAAGUUCAGUUGAAGUGCAAGGGAAACUGAUCAAAAGUCCUCACAAGAGGCAGAACGUGGAGCUGGCAGCGGAAAAUAUUCGGGUCGUGGGACCUUGUGAUAGUCUAGCCUUCCCUCUGAAGUACAAAACACACCAGCCCCUCGAAUACCUCCGCCAGUUCCCUCAUGUCCGAUGCAGAAGUAAUUCUCUGAGUGCCCUUCUGAGGAUACGCAGCGAAGCUACGGGAGCCAUCCACUCCUAUUUCAAGGAUAACGGAUACCUGCACAUCCAUACGCCAAUAAUUACCUCGAAUGACUGCGAGGGCGCUGGGGAAGUCUUCCAAGUUGAGCCUGCAAAAGAAGUCAAAGAACCUGAAGAAAACCCCCAUUUCUUCAAUAUUCCUGCAUUUCUCACAGUCUCUGGACAACUCCACCUGGAAGUGAUGGCAGGGGCAUUCACCAAGGUCUAUUCUUUCGGUCCAACCUUCCGUGCCGACUAUUCUCAAAGCCGUAAGCACUUGGCCGAAUUUUAUAUGGUGGAGGCAGAGCUGGCCUUUGUUGAAAGCCUACAGGACGUCAUGCAGAUUAUGGAAGACCUUUUCAAGAGAGUGACGGACGUGGUGUUGUCCAAAUGCCCUCAUGACAUUGAGCUCUUUCAUAAACACGUGGCCCCUGGACAAAAGGCCAAGUUAGAAAAGAUGCUGAACAAUCAAUUCAUAACGAUGCCAUAUACGGAAGCCAUAGAAGUUUUAAAAGGAGCUCGUGAAUAUUUCACUUACAAACCAGAGUGGGGCCAGGAUCUUCAAAGUGAACAUGAGAAAUACUUGCUGAAACACUGCGGCGAAAUCCCUGUGUUUAUUUUCAACUAUCCCUAUGACCUGAAACCAUUCUAUAUGCGGGACAAUGAAGAUGGUGUCCAUCACACGGUUGCAGCAGUUGAUCUUCUGGUCCCAGGAGUCGGGGAGCUUUGCGGAGGCAGCUUGAGAGAAGACCGGUUGGAUUUUCUCCAGUCCCGCCUUCAGAGGUUGGGACUUGAAGACACCUAUCAAUGGUAUCUAGAGCUGCGUCAGUUUGGAUCCACACCUCAUGGCGGGUUUGGAAUGGGCUUUGAGCGUUACCUCCGUUGCAUUUUGGGAGUCGAAAACAUCAAAGACGUCAUCCCGUUCCCCCGAUUCCCCCGUUCCUGUCUCUUGUAGCAUCUUGCCUUGUUUCCUGAGGAUGGGACUCAUUUUUUUCUGAAUUCGUGGCAUGGAAAAAUGGCAGAAAUGCAACAUGUUUGAGAAGACAGUUGAAUCCUCUUACUUUAUCCUUCAAGUUUGGAUAGCCUUGUGGUCACCUUUGUUCAAUUUUUGAAAUUCAGGCUAGUUUUGUAUUAUAUUCAUGUACAGAUUUUUCAAAACUUGUUCUUUGCCAGCUCUGAAAAUCUGGUGGCCCUAACCUGGAGUGAAUAAACUUCACUGGGAAAUUA